AUGGAAAAUCCAGAAUCUACUUUUGUAAAAGAGAUGACUUAUCGAGCCUCGAAUCAACGCCGUGGUCACACAGAGCCUACUACGCCAGCCACCAAUCUUAACAAUGCUUAUCGCAUCAUAAAGGAAGUUCUCAAACGGUUUCGGUCACGUGAGGCUGAAGAAAAGGAACGGGCAAAUCUGGUUGAACAGGAAGAGAUCCUGCUGAAUAAAUUAAAGAAUGGACCGCGCCUUAAGGACUUGGCAAUUCGGCCAAACAUAGUAACAAAACGCAUAACAGGUAAGCGCAACAAUAUCCAUUUAUCAUUCUAA